AUUUUGAACGUACUCUAAAUUUGACAUAAUACUGUUUUGGAACAUAGUGAAAAAUAACAAAGAGCAAAUAAAAUUAAAACAUCAGUUAAAAAUGAAUUCUAAAACAUUCGAAGAUAAUGAUAUAUCAGAUAAAAAUGAUAUGGAUGUACAAAAAGCUGAUAAAAUGUUCACAUUAAAAAAAUGGAACGCUGUAGCAAUGUGGUCAUGGGAUGUUGAAUGCGAUACUUGUGCAAUUUGUCGUGUGCAAGUGAUGGAUGCUUGUUUACGAUGUCAGGCUGAAAGUAAAAAGGAUUCAUACGGAAAGCAGGAUUGUGUUGUUGUAUGGGGUGAAUGUAAUCAUAGUUUUCAUUAUUGUUGUAUGUCAUUAUGGGUACAACAAAAUAAUCGUUGUCCAUUGUGUCAACAAGAAUGGUCUAUUCAACGAAUGGGAAAAUAAUUUAUUGUAUUUUAAUUAUAUACAUG